CUUCCUAACAUGUUUGGAGACCUUCGUUCAACCUUUAUUGCGCUGAUGAUUGGGUCUUAUGCCUCCUCGGCUGUAACCUUCCCCGGAGUCAAGGUGAUCUAUGACUUUGGUAUCCCGUUCAUUACUAUCCUGGUGGUGUGGGCUGCCUGUGCAGGACUGGUCUUCUUGAACUGCUUCUUCAACUGGCCCCUGGAACCAUUCCCAGGACCAGAGGACAUGGACUACACCGUAAAGAUCAAGUUCAGUUGGCUCGGCUUUGACCACAAAAUCACAGGGAAGAAGUUCUACCAGCAGGUCACCACGGUGGGCCGUCGCUUGAGUGUCAGCAGCAACGUGAAGCAGAAGGAGCUGGUGGCCAAAGAUGGUCGCACUCUCUGCCUCUCCACCAUGGAUCUGGAAAUGGAUGGCAAGCCCCAAGAAGAAACUCAGUCAUUCAUGAAGAGCAUCAUGAGCCCAAUUUUCCUGCUCAGUGCGCUGACCAUGUCUAUCACUCAGCUCCGUCUUUUGUUCUACAUGGGGGCCAUGAACAGUGUUCUGGAGUCCCUCACGGAUGGAGACCUAAACACAGUGGAAAGGAUGGAAGUGGUGAGUCUUUACUCCUCCAUCUUCGGCGUGCUGCAGCUGCUUUGCCUGAUGACCACCCCGGUGAUCGGUCAGAUCAUGGACUGGAAGCUAAAGAGCAGCGAUGAUGGAGAGGAGGACAAGGAGCCGCUGAGCAAGAGCGAAGUGAAACCCAAACGGCGAGACAGAAAGUCACAGAAGGUGACCAACGCCCUCAGAGCUUUCGUCCUCACAAACAUCCUGUUGGUGGGAUUUGGGAUCACCUGCCUGGUGCCGAAUCUUCCUCUGCAGAUCGUGUCCUUCAUCCUGCACACUGUGGUGAGAGGAUUCAUUCAUUCGGCUGUCGGCGGCCUCUACGCUGCUGUGUAUCCCUCCUCACAGUUUGGCAGCCUGACAGGUAUGCAGUCCCUGGUCAGCGCCGUGUUCGCGUUGCUGCAGCAGCCGCUCUUCUUAGCCAUGAUGGGACCUCUGGAGGGAGACCCCUUCUGGGUCAACAUCGGACUCCUCGCUCUCAGCAUGCUCGGCUUCCUGCUGCCGCUCUACCUGAUCUGCUACAGACGGACUCUCGCCAAGGAGCAGCGGCAGAGAGCGGACGAGGCGAAAAUAUUCAUCAAAAUCAACGGCUCAGACGUUCCCGAGGCCUUUGUCUAAAGAGCAGCGGACGGAAGUAGGACGAAGCUGCACAAAAAAACAAAACACGGACAGACUGAAGAAAUCUGAAACUCGUGAUUGGCGGUGAGAGGGGUCGCAGAGAUCUUUCCUUUCCUGGAAAAGGGAAGGAAACACGAGGAGAAAGGAAAGAAAAACAGGAAAAGACUUUUCUUUAAGCCAGAAAAAAGUAGAAUUCUUACGAGUCGUGUUUCCGCCUCCUAACCGUCCGAACGUCACAGCAUCCUGCUAGUUUUCUGGAGUUUUUCAGAGGACGCUGCCAGCGAAAUGAAGAGGAGCUCACCGCCGAUGAUUACUGGACUUUUCCACUUUUUCGUUUUUGUUUUUUGCAGGGCUAACAUCUAACACUGUAGACCAGUCUAUACCAAUGAGCGGAUGUCUGUAUUUUCUGUAACAGCCUCUAGUUUUUCUAGUGUUUCUGUUGCUUUCUCGCUUUAGCUGUAGCUAUUGGAGCGCCUUCCAAUAGAGAGUUUGAGGUCAUUUCGUGUUUAUUGGUGAAAGUAGUGAUGUAAACCAGAUGCCUUUUUAUGUCAUUUAGAGGCUGUAGCUUUCUACUGUUGAGAGAAAUGCAGCACUCUUUUUUUCUCUUCCUGUCAAGCUCAUUUCAGCACUUCCCUGCACACAAAUCUCCCUUUACUUUUACUUGUGUAUUUAUUUUCUUUCUUCCUAUUUAAAUGUGCUUCGCAGAUGUCUCUUUUUUUUUGUUGGAACAGGGCUCCUGCUGGGAUCACCGCAGAUACGGCUCAGUUAUUUUGUGUUGAAUGUGGAUGGACUUGUGAGACUUAAUAAAAGAUGUUUUGCCUUUUUUCACCGCUCA